CUCCAGAUGAAACUCUAGUGCCUUUAUAAUGCUCACAAAGGCUGGAAAGAAGGUGAACUCCAACCAGUUGGAUGGGCUCUGGGAACAUAGCAUGCUUCAGGGUGGGGAUGUUCAUGUUUCUAGACUCCCAAGAAGGUGUUGUAAGUGUGUGGUGUUGACUGGGGCAGGGAGUGCUCCCCUCAGAGUGAAACACAGUUGCAGCUGUGUGUGAAAGUAGUGAGAUCUGUCUGAUGUGUCCUGUGUGCUGGGUGGGUGUAUGUGUGGCUAAGCUCUUUCUUACUGAGCUGAGAGACCUGGGUUCCGGUUGGUGGCCUUGAACACCUUCCUCAGAUCUUCCUGAGCCUCCAUCCAGUCAUUUUUAAAUUAGGGACUUAGCCUGGUUGAUUUCUAAGUUCUCUUCCAGCUAUGUCAUGCUGAACAUCCAGCUUGUGUGUGAGGGCCUUUUGCUACUGGUUUUACUGUUGAACUUGGUUCUGGGUCUCUUUGUUGCUAUAGGUCAGCCCUUCCUUGUUUGGUUUGACUCCCUGGCCAGCUUCUGUACCUGAGUUGUUGCUGGCUGAAAAGCUGGAAAUUGGCUUUUUGGAAAUUAUCUUACUCAAUGAAAAUGCAGGAAGCUUGUGCAUGAAACUCACUCGGCAAACACACACACACACACACACACACACACACACACACACACACAGCAAGAAACCACAGGGCCUAUUGGUUUGGGUUUGUCAUCAUCAAGCAGACAAGAACAUUGCAGAAAACUCUAGGCAGAGAGGAAAUGAACUAGGGGGAACCCACGGCAGGGAGGAGGGAAAGAGGGCGGGCGUGGAAGGAGAGAACUGAAGUGCUGGGGCACCGUCAUGGUGAGAGGAUGGAAGAAGUGGCAGUGAAGCAGGGCCCCCUGUAUCUUCUGCAGCAGCAGACUUUUGGAAAGAAAUGGCGCCGGUUUGGGGCUAUGCUGUAUGGAGAGUCAGGCUGCGCCUUGGCCCGGUUGGAGCUCCAGGAGGGCCCUGAGAAGCCACGCCGGGGAGAGGCCGCCAGGAGGGUGAUCCGCCUCAGUGACUGCCUACGGGUGGCUGAGGCCGGCGGGGAGGCCAGCAGCCCCCGGGACACCAGCGCCUUCUUCCUGGAGACCAAGGAACGCCUGUACCUGCUGGCAGCCCCCGCUGCAGAGCGCAGUGACUGGAUGCAGGCCAUCUGCCUCUUGGCCUUCCCUGGCCAGAGGAAGGAGCUGCUGGGGCCGACGAGGAAGGGCAGCUGGCCCUGCAUGGAGGAGAAUGAACUGUACAGCAGCACGACUGCAGCGGCCCCCCGCAAGGAGUUCUCUGUGACCAUGAGACCCACAGAAGCCAGCGAGAGGUGCCGGCUCCGGGGAUCCUAUACCCUGCGGGCUGGAGAGAGUGCACUGGAGCUGUGGGGUGGCCCUGAGCUGGGCACCAAGUUGUAUGAGUGGCCUUACAGGUUCCUGAGGCGCUUUGGGCGGGACAAGGUAACCUUUUCCUUUGAGGCAGGCCGGCGUUGUGUCUCUGGAGAGGGCAAUUUUGAGUUUGAAACUCGGCAAGGCAAUGAGAUCUUCUUGGCUCUGGAAGAGGCCAUCUCUGCCCAGAAGAACAGUGCCCCUCCUGGGCCCCAAACCCAGCCAGCCACAGUCCCUGCGGUGCUGCCCCGGCCAGAAAGCCCCUACUCCCGGCCCCACGACUCACUGCCACCUCCGUCACCGACCACUCCAGUCCCCACCACCCGGCCGCGGGGCCCAGAGGGGGAAUAUGCGGUGCCCUUCGAUGCAGUAGCUCGUAACCUGGGGAAAAGCUUCAGGGGUAUCCUGGCGGUUCCUCCCCAGUCCCCAGUGGACCCUCUGUAUGACAGCAUUGAGGAGCACCCGGCCCCACAGCACGACCACAUAUACGAUGAGCCCGAGGGAGUGGCUGCCCUAUCCCUGUAUGACAGCCCACAGGAGCCCCAGGGUGAAGCCUGGAGGAGGCAGGCCUCAGCUCACAGGGACACCAGCAGCCUCCAGCACGUCUACCCAGCAGGGCAGGACUUUUCUGCGUCUGGCUGGCCACAGGGAACAGAGUAUGACAAUGUUGUACUUAAGAAAGGCGCUAAGUGAUGGGGGGCAGAGGAGAUGUUGACCUUAUCGAAUGCCGGUGCUGAAACUAUCCUGUGCUCGCUGGGGCACCAGUCAGAGGCCAGUGUGAAGGAGUGGGAGGACGACCACAGGCCUCCCUUCUAGUUUCUUCAGGUUACUUCUCCUGGCCACUGCACUCCAGGAACUUCCCUCUGCUCCUUCCGGAACACUUGCCUUGGCCUGCCCUAGUCUGGUCUGAGGAAUUGUCCCUCCCAGGGCCUGCUGUGUGAGUCAUCCUCCCAAAGCAGGAAGGGGGCCCUAAAGAGACACACCCUCCUCCUACCCCUUUUCCACUUCCUCUUCUGUCUUUCCUAAAGGAAGCUUGGGCAUUUAGGGCAGAGGACAAAAGGAUGUCAGCAAAUUGCCCUGGUUUCUUGCCUUAUACAGGCAUCUUCCCUGCUGAUGUCCCUUCAGGGGACCACCCCGGCUCCAGGCACUGGGACGAUGGCUGCAGCUUUAUGUAGGUUUUAGGCUUCUCUGUGGCAUUAAACACAUCUGGAAUA